AUGGAUGUGGAAAACUGCACCACAGUGACAGAAUUCAUUCUCCUUGGUUUCUCUGAUGUCCCAGAGUUGAGUGUCUUUCUUUCUGUGGUGUUUCUCCUCAUUUACAUAGUCACGGUUGUGGCCAACCUGGGCAUGACUGUGCUGAUUAAGCUCAGCUCUCAACUACACACUCCCAUGUACUUUUUUCUCAGCCACUUGUCCUUUGUGGAUUUUUGUUACUCUUCAGUCAUUGUGCCUAAGAUGCUGGCUGACAUCUUCAAUAAGAACAAAGCCAUAUCCUUUUUGACAUGCAUGGUCCAAUUCUAUUUGUUUUGCUCAUGUGUGGUAGCUGAAGUCUUCCUGCUGGCUGUGAUGGCCUAUGACCGCUUUGUGGCCAUCUGUAACCCACUGCUCUACAUGGUCAUCAUGUCCCCACAGCUCCGGGUGGUGCUCGUGUCUCUCUGUUACCUCUGUGCCUCUGUGUGCUCUCUGAUUCACUUGUGCUUGGCCCUUGAGAUCUCAUCCUACAAGUCAGAUGUGAUUAACCACUUCUUCUGUGACCUGCCUCCUCUCUUAAGUCUUGCUUGCUCAGAUGUCACUAUUAAUAAAGUGUUCCUGUUUAUUGUGGCCACGUUUAAUGAGACCAUUACCAUCAUGAUCAUCUUCACCUCUUACCUGUUUAUUCUUUUCACCAUCCUGAGGAUGAGCUCUGCAGAGGGCAGGCACAAAGCCUUCUCCACCUGUGCCUCCCACCUCACAGCCAUCAUUGUCUUCCACGGAACAAUCCUUUCCAUUUAUUGUCCAUCCACCUCAGACAGCAGUGGAGAUACUGGCAAAGUGGCCACAGUGUUUUACACAGUGGUAAUUCCUAUGCUAAACCCCCUAAUCUAUAGCCUGAGGAACAAGGAUGUGAAAGACGCCCUCAGCAAAAUUUUGAGCUCUAAAGUAUAUGCCUAG